AUGACGUCUAAUGAACCAACAGUCACUUACACCAAAUUAGGUGACUCUGGCUUAUCUAUUUCCAGAGUUGUUGCUGGAUGUAUGUCUUAUGGUACCAAGAAAUGGGCAGAUUGGGUCCUUGAGGAUGAAGAAGAAAUUAUGAAUAUUUUAAAAAAAUGUUAUGAUGUAGGGAUUAGAACAUUUGAUACUGCUGACGUUUAUUCUAAUGGUCAAUCAGAAAUCUUGUUAGGUAAGUUUCUCAAGAAGUAUAACAUCAAAAGGGACAGAGUAGUUAUUUUGACUAAGGCCUUUGGUCCUGUAAGUGAGGAUGAUCCCAGUGUCGUCGGCUUCUUGGGCUCAAGUGCUGACUAUAUCAACUCAAGGGGUUUAUCCAGAAAGCAUAUCUUUGAUGCUGUCGAAGCCUCUGUCAGAAGAUUAGGUACACACAUCGAUGUUUUGCAGAUACACAGAUUGGACGAUACACCAAAGCAUGAAAUUAUGAAAGCAUUGAAUGAUGUUAUUUUAUCGGGACAAGUAAGAUACAUUGGGGCUUCAUCCAUGAAAGCAGUUGAUUUUGUUCAAUUACAAGCUAUUGCUGACAAGAAUGGUUGGUUCAAAUUCAUCAGUAUGCAAAAUUACUAUAACUUACUUUACCGUGAACAAGAGAAUGAAAUGAAUUAUUUCUGUAACGAUAAUGUAUUUGGCAAAGUUGGAUUGAUUCCAUGGGCUCCAAUUGCAGCCGGUGUUUUAGCAAAGCCUGUUGCAGUCAGUCAAGCAACCACGCAUGCAAGAGUGUCGCCAAUGAUUGAUAUUUUCGGUUACAAUAACUUAGAAGGAGACAAUGUCGAGAUUAUCAACAGAGUCGAAGAGUUGGCCAAAAAGCGCGAUGUUAGUAUGGCUGUAAUUGCUACAGCUUGGGUUCUCUAUAAGGGCGCCAAUCCAAUAGUUGGGCUUAACUCAAUCAAGAGAGUUGAAGAAGCCGUGCAAGCCACUCAAAUUAUAUUAACCGAAGAAGAAGUCAAGUACUUGGAAGAACCUUAUAAGUACAAGUUUAAAGUUUAUUUUUAGUCUAUAUACAUAUAUUGGCAAAUAUAUAACCCUAUUUCCUAUUUCCUAUCCGUAGUCACUUGAUGUAAGUUAAAAAAACUCAACCUUCAAGCAAUCCUGAUUUAUUGAUUGCUAGUAUCCUCAUAAUAAAUUAGGAAAAAGUUGCCACGACCCCGAACUUUUCUCAACACAAAGCCGGAGUAGCCCAAACGGGAAUUUUAUUUAUCAUUGGAAAUGGU